AUGUCUAUCGACAAGAAAGAACACUCCAGAGACGACUCGGAUGAGUCCAUUGGCUCAAGCCCUGAGAAUGAUCCCGGCCCGUCAAUACCGUCAGAGAACCAGCCAGCAAAACGGAAAGGAGGGCGCAAGCCUAUCUACGCCACUUCAGAGGAGCGGAAGCAGAGAAAUCGCCAGGCGCAAGCCGCUUUUAGAGAGCGUCGAACAGAAUAUAUCAAGCAGCUCGAGGAGACCAUAAAGGCUCACGAGUCAAAUUUGGCAAGUUUGCAAGCUGCCCAUCGCAGCGCUGCGGACGAAUGUUUGAUGCUUCGGUACAAAAACUCCCUUCUUGAACGCAUCCUUCUUGAAAAAGGUAUUGAUGUCCAAGCUGAGCUUCAUGCCAAAACAGGCAGUCCGAAUCUUGGUCCAACUCAUAUGCCCCAGAAUAUGGUGCAGCCGCCGCCAAUGCCGCGGGCGAUCCUUAACAGACAUCACCACGCACGCAGGUCUGCUUCCAGCAUCGCUCCUAAGCUCGAACCUGGUGUUUCCAACCUUGCCCAGUCUGCGGGUGUGCAGGCUUUAGCCUCGCCCAAGACCAGGCCGACGCCUCCUUCUCAUGCCGCUUCUCCUACUAACCCUACGCCCCCUUUUGGCACUCAGGCAACGUCUUCCCCUGCGCCCUCGGAGCAUACGAACAUGCGUUCGACGAUUCCUCCGCCUAUGAAGUCGCAAUUGGCGCCAAUGCCAGGGAUGGCAGCAGCAGCGCGCCAACAAAUGAUGCAGCAGCAACAGCAACAGCAACAGCAGCAGCAGCACGCCGCUGGUCCUCGGCCGCCAACCUUCUACCCGACGCCAUCCUUCCAAAAUCAUUUCCAACAACUCGGCAAGCUGACCCGCCCCCUUGAGUACGACGCACCGACCGACAUGCUGGACGAGCCCGAGCCAGACACCCCGGGUCCGGGUCCCUAUCCUUCGACGUUCCAGCAGGUUGCCCAGCAGCACGGCAUGUCCGUCCAGCCCGCGACCUCGGGGCCGACUGGGCAGCCGUCGAUGGCCUCGGGGGGCCAGGGCAACCACCAGGCGCACAGUCAGGGACAGGGCUACCCUAGCAUGACGCAGCUACUCGACCCGGCGCUCGACUGGGACCCGUUCGGCCUCACGCUUAGCCCGAAGCGACAAACGUAUCAGCGAGACGAUAUUUAA